AUGUCGCCAACAAGAUCCCUCCUCCUCGCCUCUGCUUUCGCCGCCAGUGGCGUGCUCGCUGCCCAGCCUUCCAAGGUGGUCAGCUUGUUCCUCCCCGGGUUCGAACCUCAGCCCCUGGUUGCGUCGGUCGUGGCAGCCAUGCCGGCCGCAACGACGUAUUUCCUCGAGUGCGACUCUAGCGAUUCCACCGAGUGCGGAAUUGCUGGAGGAAUAUCCGUCGUGGGAGGUCCUUCUACAUUCGAGAUGGUCUCGUCGGUGCCUGGAAUAACCUACAGCGAAGCCUGCAAAAUCACCAAAACCGCCGACGUGGCGGAAUGCACGUACAGCGUUGGCGGCUCGCUGGUCGACAGCCCCACCUCGGGCCUCCUGGCCGCCUCGGGCCUCCAGGAUUAUUACAUCCCUGUCACCGUCACUGCGGGACUGAGCCUUCUCAGUGGCGGCGAGGGAACAGCUACCGCCACCGCCACCGCCACCAGCACCGUAGACUCUACGAUUACCUCUAUGGGUUCGGCGGUUUUCUCUUCGGGCUCUGCAGACCCAGCGGCCACGGGCACGGGAAGUGAUGGCAACUCAACAACUCCGGCUACGACGACUACCAGUGGCGGCGCUGGCUCUAGCGCAAGUACGGCUGGUGUUCCCCAAAUGACCUGGAACGCGGUAUUUAUGGGAGCCGCUGCGCUUGUGGGUGGCGCUAUUGCGCUCUAA